AUCUUAAACAGUCAUUAUGAUCGAGAAAUACAAUUUCUUUCUUCUCAUCUUACUUUUCAUGCUCAUCAAGUCGUCUCACUAUAUAUUUAUGAUACAAUUCGUGAUCGUUCAUCUAUUAUUAGUUUACUAUUUAAUCGACAUCAUUUUAUUAAUCUUCAAUCAUGUAAAUUUAUCUCGAUUAAUUCAUCAACUGAACUUGAUAAUGUUAUUAAACAAGUUAAAAGUUUGAAUAGACUUGUUACAUUUGUUAUCACCCAACCAAUUUAUCAAAAUAACAAUAAAAAAUACAUAUGUGAUAUAACUCGAACUAUAUUGAUGCACAAAUCAUCUUCUCUUCGUUCAGUUAUGCUUCGUUAUAAUUAUGAUUACUUAGACAUAUCAACUUAUACUUCAAUUGCUUCGAAUCUUAUAUCACUUGAUUUGUUAAUGUCUGGCACACUGAAUAUAGUUUCAUUAUAUUCAAUUUUGCCAAUUCUUCGUGUUUGUCAUAGAAUACGGUAUCUACAUGUCAUAAUAAACCAUCAAAUUAUACCUGAAUAUGUUAAUUUAAAUGUUUCAAUUCGCCAUCCAUUUAUUAAUGAAAAUAAUCUUCCUAUAUCACCACAAGUGACAACCUUCGAUUUAUCAACAUUUGGUAUAUGUGACUUUCGUUCAAUCGCUUAUAUUUUACGUUGUAUGCCUAAUCUUAUUCGGUUUAAAUUUCUUCAUGGAACACAAAGAGUACCCUUGCCAGUUGUUGAUAAUUUAGUCAAUGGUUAUGCAUGGCAACAGAUAUUUAGACAUGGUCGUAAAUUCAUUUCAACAUUUCGUUGA